AUGCAUCAGAUUCGGUACGAGUUUGACUUUGAGCACGAGGCAGCAGCCAUGGAGCGCAUCAGACACGCCCUGGCACAGCCUGCAGGGGGCGAGAGGCAGGAUAGGCACGGGAGAAUGCGGAGCAGCAGGCGCAGUAGCAGAAGUGGUGUGCGCUGUGGAGGGGUUAGCAAGGCGGAUAGGGCAGAUAGGAUGGCAGAUGGGAUGGAGAGGGUGGGUAGGGUAGCUCGUGUGGCUCAUGUGGGAACAAAGGCAAGACAUGGAGGUCGACAUGGGGUUGAAGAUGGUGGGAGGAGUGCGGAGGUGGAUACACGGGCGUCACCUGUCAUCGUGCCUGCAGCCAUACCAGGCCUCGUCACGAGGGGCCUACUGGUGAUGGACUUUAUUGAGGGCACGCCCAUCCUGAGAUUGCCUGAGGAGAUGCGCAGGCGAGGCAUCAGCCCCAGUGGCGCACUGGCAAGGCAGACCAAGAGUCGCAUAUUCUCAGCCCUAUCCACGGCGUACGGGCGCAUGCUGCUGCAGCACGGGCACUUCCAGGCGGACCCCCAUCCGGGCAACAUUCUCGUGUGUGCGGGGGGCAGGGUGGCAUUAUUAGACUACGGCCAGACCAAGCAGCUGCCUGAAGCGUUGAGGCUGGAUCUGGCGCGCUUGGUGGUGGCGAUAGCCGAUGAGGACAUGCUGGCUGUGGGCUCGUGCUUCACGGCGAUGGGGAUAGAGACGGCCAAGACAGCCGGGGAGCACCCCAACAGCUUCCGCCGCAUGGCCAUGAUCAUGUUUGAUACCGGCUCUGGUAACGGAGUUACCAGUGCCAACCCGUUCGGGGCGGAGAGCUCGCUCAAGAGCAAUGCCAUGAAGGCGUUCCCAGCGGACAUCUUCUUUAUAGUGCGCACCAUGAUGCUGCUAACCGGCGAUUAUUCCACCCCCCCUUGCGAUGCUCCCUGCCCUACUGCAGGCAUCCUGAUGGUCGAUUUCGACUUCUUUGACGCCCAGCCGUCGGAUUACCACGGCGUGAAGGCGCUGCUGCGAACCUUCCUGGACGGCAAGCGGUGGGACCUGCCGGCCUUUGUGGACGCGGUCACCUCCUCGGGAGCUCCGGGAGGAGGCGCAGCCGGGGAAGGGGAUGCUGCUGCUGGUGGGAGCGGGAGUGGGAGUGUGGCAACGGUGGUGAAAGCAGGGGAUGAGGGGAACAUUCUAGGGCUCACUGCAUGCCUGCCGCUGAUCUGCAAGUCCAAGGGGUGGACGGCGGAUUUUGUCCGGUUCCUGCACGAGGGGUGUGACAACAGGGCACAGUGGGACGAGCUGUGGAAGGUGAUGCAGAGGGGGCGCGUGGGUGUGGUGGUGUGCGAGCGUGUGGCCAACCUGCCCUUCCAGCUCGUGCCACACCUCUUUCGAAGCACUCUGCAACCCAUGCUGGAGAAGGGAGCACCGGUGGAGAAGUUCCUGAUUCUCACGCGCAUGUACCGCCAGACAGGCGGCAAGGCGGCAAGGAAGCAGGCCAAGGGAGCGGGGAGCAGCGCCUCAGAGCUGUUCUUUCCCAAGCCAGAGGACGAGCUGCUCAAGAAGCUCGCCACAUCAUCAUAUUCCUUCCCAGUCCAUGCUGACGUCAUGGCCUCCAGACAGCUGAAGGGCUUUCAACACCUUCGCCUAGUGAUGCUCCUUUCAGCAGCACAAGUGCGCAACUUCCUAGAGCAAGUUAAUGACAUGGUUGAUGAAGAUUGA